UCAGAAUUCUAACUGUUGCUCACUCCCUCCCGUUUCUCUCUCUUCCGUCGCCGGGCGAUCUUCUCUAAGUGGACGCGCCGCCAUCUAGACCUUUUCUGACCUCCGAUCGCUUAUAUACCGGCCGGCCGGCCGAUCGAUUUCCGACUUCAAUAACUGAGAUCUCAACUAAUACGUUUCAUCGAUACUUGAACCAUUGAUCUUUCGGAAGAAGAUGUUCGUCAUGAAGCUUGUCGAGAAGGCGUCGAAGAAGCCUAACGGAAAUUCAGAGAGUUUAAAGCGCGAAGAUGUAGAGCCCCGCUUAGUUUUCCAUUAUGGUAUACCAUCAGGUUCCGUAUUGUUGGCUCAUGAUUCAAUUCAGCAGAUUCUCGCUGUUUCCACCAAAGAUGGACGGAUAAAGAUGUAUGGGAAAUAUGGCACCCAAGCUAUGCUGGAGUCUGCUGAGACUGUACCAAGCAAUUUUCUCGAGUUUUUCAACAACCAAGGGAUUCUUCUAAAUAUUAAUGCCAGUAACCACAUUGAGGUAUGGGAUUUGGACAGGAAACUUUUAUCUCAUGUCCACGCUUAUGAAGUAGAAAUUACCUCUGUAACAGUUCUACAACAUAGUCCUUACAUGUAUGUUGGAGAUUAUGUUGGUAAUGUUGCAGUUCUAAAGGUUGACAGAGAAUCAUUUAAUAUAUCAAAAAUGGGAUACUUGAUCCCUCUCUCGGCAUCACACGGGAAUACCAAUGAAGUUAAUGGAGCUUGUUCUGUUAUGUUCAUCUUGCCACAACCAAAAGCUGAAAGCAAGAAGGUUCUUAUAAUUUAUAGAGAUGGAUUUAUUACACUCUGGUCAAUCCCUGAAAGCAGAGCCAUUUUCACAACCGGUGGUGGGGUCAUGAUGCCUACAGUGGGCCAUGAUACCAAAACGGUGACAGCUGCAUGUUGGGCAUGUCCUUUGGGAAGCAAAGUCGCUGUAGGAUACAGCAAUGGAGAGAUUUCUAUUUGGAGCAUCCCUUUCACUUCGGGGGCAUCAGAGACAGAUUUACAAGCUGCUCAAACUGGUCCUACUUCAAGGCUCAAUCUUGGAUACAAGCUGGAAAAAAUAGCCAUAUCAUCUCUAAAAUGGGCCUGUUCAGAUGGAAAAUCAGGAAGGCUUUAUGUCAUAGGAGUCCAUGGAGGUGGAUCAGCACGUUUAUUGCAGGUCGUAUUAUUGAAUGAGAACUGUGAAUCCCGCACAACCAAACUGGGGCUUCAGCUGCCUGAGCCUCCAACUGAAAUGGCGAUCAUUUCAUGUUCUGGCGAACAGAUAAAGCAUAGACAGUAUGCUUUUCUGGUACUUGGAAUAUCUGGUGAUAUGUAUUGUUAUGAUGAUUAUUCUAUUGAAAGAUACUUGCUACAGAGUCAAUCUAAGGCAUCUCCUUCACUUCCAAAGGAGAUAAGAGUGAAAAUGCCAUUUUUUAAUUCAAGAAUCACUGUAGCCAAGUACAUUACUGACAAUCCAUGUUCGUUAUCACCAAGGGAUGAGGCUGAGGCUGUAUUAGAAAACCUUGUUCCUCCACUUUUUCCAUUUGAUUUAAGGCAACAAGAAGGAACUAAUUCAUCACGCUUCAAUGGGUUUUCGAAGUUCAAGAACAUGUACAUAACUGGACAUAGCAACGGAGCAAUAAACUUCUGGGAUGCAUCUUCUCCAGUAAUGCUACCGAUUGUAUCAAUUACUCAACAGAGUGAGGAUGAUUUCUCCUUAAGUGGUAUUGCAGUGACUGAAUUGUUCUUUGAGUCUGAUGGCAACUCACCUAUCCUUAUUUAUGGAGAUGAAAGCGGAAUGAUUCGCAUCCUUAAAUUUAAACAGGAGCCAUUUGCUUCAGCAAGUACAUUUUUGUCCCUGCAAGGAAGUUCAAAGAAAGGAAGUAACUACAUUCAGAGUCUUAAGCUUGUGAAGGUCAAUGGAGCUGUAACUUCUAUCAACAUGCAGUCAAAACAUCUUGCAGUUGGUACUGGUCAAGGAUAUGCCUCAUUGAUUCACAUGGAAGGUCCAACCCUACUAUAUCAAAAGCAGAUUGUGAGUGAAAUUUGCCCAGGAAUAAUCUCGGUGCAGUUUGAGAUUUGUGACUUCCAUGGAUUUGAGAAGAAUGUUUUAGUUAUGGCGACAAAAGAUUCCUGUGUUUUAGCUCUUGAGAGGGAUACAGGAGAAGCUCUUGGCUCAAGCUUGGUCCAUCCUAAAAAACCUUCAAAAUCUUUGUUCAUGGGUAUUCUAGAUGGACGUGCCAGUUCAGUAUAUUCAAUUAAAGGGCGCUCACUAGUUGAUCAAAAGCAAUCAUCGGUGCUGUUAUGUACUGAAAAAGCUGCUUACAUCUUUUCUUUAACUCAUGUUACCCAGGGUACUAAGAAGGUGUUACACAAGAAGAAGUUCCAUUCCUCCUGUUAUUGUGCAUCAACCUUUGACACACUUCGUGGUUCAGGCCUUAUACUUCUUUUUCCUAAUGGAAAAAUUGAAAUAAGGUCUUUGCCUGAAUUGUCCCUCUUAAAGGAAACAUAUAUUAAAGGUGUCACAUUGUCACCUCCAAACCUGAACUCAGUUUCUGAUGUUUCCGUUUGCUUUUCCAAGGAUGGGGAGCUUAUCAUGGUGAAUGGUGAUCAAGAAAUGUUCCAGAUUUCCAUGUUGCUCCAAAAGCAAACAUAUAGGUAUUCGGACUUUGUCUCGCAAGUUUAUAGGAGAGAUUUCAUUGGUGAACAGCAAACGAGUAUUACUUCAGUACCUGCUUCACAUAAAGAAAAAAAGAAGGGUAUCUUUAGCUCUGUUCUUAAAGAAACAUCUGGGAGUAAAGGAAAGCUUGUAUAUGAGAAAGAAGCUGAAGAUGCAAAAGAAACUAUGGUAGAACUUUCAGCCAUCUUUUCAGUUGAAAACUUUCCGUCCAUUUCAGAAAGCACAGUAAAUCACGGAAUGGAUGUUGAUGAAGCUGAGUUGGAUAUAGAUGAUAUUGAAAUCGAUGAGCCUAGAGAAAAACCGAAAGGCCUGGCAACACUGAACAAAUAUAAACUUAGUAGCAAGUUCAAAGCAAUUAAAGGUAAACUGAAACAAAUGACAGUGAAAAAUGAACAAAUUCAAAAAGUUGAAGUGGAGAAGGAGGAUGAGAAGAAUAAUGAUACAGUUGAUCAAAUUAAACGGAAAUAUGGAUUUUCAUCCUCCGGAGAAUUAAACAGUGGUGCAAGAUUGGCAGAAAACAAGCUGAGGGAAAACUUGAAGAAAUUGCAGGGAGUAGGCCUGAAAACUACAGAGAUGCAAGAAACAGCGGAGUCAUUUUCUUCAAUGGCCAAACAAAUGUUGAAGGCUGCAGAGCAUGGUAAUAAAUAACACUUCUAACCGUGCUCUUGUGGUGGCUUACAUUCAUUUUUUUACCAUUUAUUUUGGUAAUAAUUAUUCUCGUUUGAUAGAGAUCUGAUAUCAUGUGUGUAUUAUAUCAUGUAAUUUGAGAAAAAUAAAAAUAAACGUGGAACAUAAAUUUGUUAAACGCCACUGAUUUAUUGUGU